UCGUAUUUCCUCUUUAACCCAAUCAGCCACUCCCAAUUUUCUGUCUCAAGUCCCCCCCCCCCUCUUCACUUCCAAGUCACCAUCUUUCAGGUUCAGGGGACUCUCCUCUUUCUUCUUCUUCUUCUUCUUCUUUAGCUCUCUCAAAAAUCUCUUCUUUACCUCCUUUCUUCACUCAGAUCUCUUCGCUUGUGCCCCAAAUACAAAUACCCAUCUUUUUACUUCUACAAAAAUCACUCAAACCAUAAAGUUCCUUUCUUUUUGAGAGAGAUGGCUUCAACAGGAAACCCAAAUCAAACCAUCCCAUUUGACGUGCACAAGUUCUUCAAACCCACGAUUUCAAACCCUUCAACGAAUCCCCCACAAUACCCAAAUCUCUCUUCUCCUUAUCCGACACCCCCUUCUUCUUAUCCUCCUCCCUCUCCCCCUUUCUUUCAUCCCCAGUAUCACCAAUUCUACAUGCCUCCUCCCUCUGCUACCCAUCCAAAUUACCAAAACGCCCCACAAGAUGCUAAAUCAUUGUCCUUUCCUUCUCCUCCUCUUAGCCCGUACAAUGCUGGAACCCAGAUUCUUGCCCUCAUCAACUCUUCCCCUCAAAACCCAGAUUUCCCACCUCAAAACCAGCUUUCUCAACAGCAGCAAUCACCGCCUGCUGAGUUUUUGGGGGGUCCUAAUGUGGGGCCUUUAAGGGUGCCAAGUUGCAAACUGCCCAAGGGCAGGCGGAUGUCAGGCGCUCAGAUAGCUUAUGAUAUUGAUACGAGGCUGUCAGGGGAGGCUCAGCCGCAACUUGAGGUCACUCCCAUAACAAAGUAUGGGUCUGAUCCUCAGCUGGUACUGGGCAGGCAGAUUGCUGUUAACAAGUCUUACAUUUGUUAUGGGCUGAAAGGAGGCAACAUUAGGAUUCUUAAUAUAAACACUGCAUUGAGGUCUUUGUUUCGUGGGCACACCCAGAGGGUAACUGACAUGGCUUUCUUUGCUGAGGAUGUUCACCUUUUGGCUAGUGUGAGUCUAGAGGGACGGGUAUUUGUGUGGAAGAUAUCAGAAGGUCCAGAUGAAGAAGAUAAGCCACAUAUUACAGGAAAGAUAGUUAUUGCUGUUCAGAUAUUAGGCGAUGAGCAAUAUGUACAUCCACGUGUUUGUUGGCACCGGCACAAACAAGAAAUUUUGGUGGCUGGGAUUGGAAAGCACAUUUUGAGAAUUGAUACUAUGAAAGUUGGGAAGAUUGAAGUCUAUUCAGCUGAUGCACCUUCCCCUCUCCAAUGUCCUAUUGACAAGUUGAUUGAUGGGAUUCAGUUGGUUGGUAAACAUGAUGGAGAAGUUACUGAUGUGUCAAUAUGUCAAUGGAUGAUUACCCGAUUGGUUUCUGCUUCUACAGAUGGCACGAUAAAGAUAUGGGAUGACCGCAAGGCAGUACCAUUAACAGUGUUGAGACCGCAUGAUGGCCAACCUGUUUAUUCAGCUACAUUCUUGGAUGCACCUCACCGACCUGAUCAUAUUAUACUCAUAACUGGGGGCCCCCUAAAUCAAGAAAUUAAAAUUUGGACAUCAGCAAGUGAAGAGAGUUGGCUACUUCCAAGCAAUACUGAAAAAUGGAUUUGCACCCAGACAUUAAACUUGAAGAGUUCUGCUGAACCUCAAGUUGAAGAAGCAUUCUUCAACCAAGUUGUCGCAUUAUCUCAAACAAGCCUUUUCUUACUCGCAAAUGCGAAGAGAAAUGCUAUCUAUGCUGUACACUUAGAAUAUGGUUCUUGUCCAGCAGCAACACACAUGGAUUACUUAGCAGAGUUCACUGUUACUAUGCCCAUAUUAAGUUUUACUGGGACAAGUGAUCCUCCUGAUGAACAUAUUGUUAAAAUAUAUUGUGUUCAGACACAGGCUAUCCAGCAGUAUGCUUUGGAGUUAUGCCAGUGCAUUCCACCACCAUUGGAAAAUACUGGCUUAGAGAAGUUGGAUUCAAGUGUUUCACGUGAUGCAACUAACACUGAAGGUUUUGAUGCUUUCGAUCGAUCUGGAAAUAAACCUUCUGAAUUACCCCUUUAUGGUUCAGUUCCCAAACCAAGUAUACAAGUAAGUAGCUCUGAAAAUUCAACUGCAGCCAGGUAUCCUUCAAGCCCCCGUUCUAUUGAGGCUAACAUGGGACAAGAGUUUAAUGCUUUGAAUAUUGAUUCUAAAUCUGCCUCUGCUGCUUUGGCAUCACCAGCAAGUGAUGCUGAUAUUGUUUGUGUUGCAUCACCACCACCACUUCCUCCUAGUCCUAGGUUGUCUAGGAAGCCCUCUGGUUUUCAUAGUCCAGCAAAUAGCUUUGAGCCGACUUCCCAGCUUGGUGACCAUGUUGGAAACCAACUGGUUGCUGAUUCUCCUGUUGACAGACAAAUGGACACCGUUCGAACAAAUUUGUCUGAUAUGCAUUCAUCAGAAGAUGGUACUAGGAAUGAUGAGAAGAAAAUAGUAUCAGAUGAGAAAUCUAGUGCAUGUAAUCCGCCUAUCAUUUUCAAGCAUCCAACACAUCUUGUGACUCCUUCUGAGAUAUUGAUGGCUUCAUCAUCUUCUGAAACUACUAAUGUCACUGAGGGAAAGGGUGAGGGCGAGGUGAACAUUCAAGAUGUGGUUGUCAACAAUGAUGUGCGCAAUGCUGUGGUUGAGGUAAAAGUGGUGGAUGAAACACGAUCUUCUCAGAACAAUGAAUUUGGUUCCCAUGUAGACUCCCAAAAUCGAAAUUUGGAAAAUAGAGAGAGAUUCUUUUGCUCUCAGGCUUCAGAUCUUGGCAUUCAGAUGGCGAGGGAGUGCUUUGCAAUAUCAAGGGAUGCUUACAUUGUUGACGAAUCUCCGCAAGCAGAUGGUGUUGGUGCAUCAGGGUCACAUGUGCAACCUAGUGUUGGUGAGGAAGAAAUCCAUAAUUCAAGAAAAGAUCUGUCUGAAAAGGUCUUGGAAUCAGCCAUGCCUUCUACACAUCUGCAAUCACCAGCACCAAGUGCAAAAGGGAAGAAGCAUAAGGGGAAAAGUUCUCAAGCAUCUGGUCACUCUUCUCCAUCUUCGAGCCCUUUCAAUUCUGCAGAUUCUUCCAUUGAACCAGGGGGGAAUUCCAAUCUCCCUUCAAUGGGUGCUGCAUUUCCUCAAAUUGUUGCUAUGCAAGAGAUGCUUAAUCAGCUAAUUGCUACACAAAAGGAAAUGCAGAAACAAAUGUCAAAUAUUGUCAGCCUCCCUGUUACAAAAGAAGGCAGAAGAUUAGAGGCAGCUCUAGGACGGAGCAUUGAGAAAGUCAUUAAGGCCAACACUGAUGCUCUAUGGGCUCGUUUUCAAGAGGAAAUCGCAAAAAAUGAGAAGUUGUUGCGAGAACGUACACAUCAAAUAACGAGUUUGAUCACUAAUUUUAUAAACAAGGACUUGUUAGCAAUUUUAGACAAAGCAGUCAAGAAGGAAUUAGCAGGCAUUGGUCCAGCUGUAAUUCGUACCAUUACUCCAGCAAUAGAGAAAACAGUAACUUCAGUAAUCACCGAGUCCUUCCAGAGAGGGGUUGGAGAUAAGGCAGUGAAUCAACUAGAAAAAUCUGUUAAUUCAAAACUUGAAGCUAUAGUUGCCAGGCAAAUACAAGCACAGUUUCAAACUGCUGGUAGACAAGCCCUCCAGGAGGCUCUGAGAACUAGUAUGGAAGCUUUAGUGAUCCCUGCCUUUGAGAUGUCAUGCAAAGCCAUGUUUGAGCAAGUUGAUGCUGUGUUUCAGAAAGGAAUGGUUGAACAUACCAAUGCUGCUCAGCAACACUUAGAGUCUGCAAGUUCUUCUUUGACAAUUGCUUUAAGGGAUGCCAUAAAUUCUGCAUCAUCCAUUGCUCAAACCUUAAGUGGAGAAUUUGCUGAUGGACAUCGAAAACUUUUAGCAAUUGCAGCUGCUGGAGCUAACUCAAAUGCAGCAAGUCCAUUGGCUUCCCAACUCAGCAAUGGACCUUUAGGUGCUCUCCAUGACAAGGUCCUUCUAUCCAUGCCUCAGGUUGAGGUGCCCGUGGAUCCAACAAAAGAGCUAUCAAAAUUGUUAUCGGAACGGAAAUAUGAUGAAGCUUUCACUAUUGCCCUGCAAAGGAGUGACCUCUCUAUCGUUGCUUGGUUAUGUUCACAGGUUGAUCUACGUGGCAUUCUGUCAACCGCCCCCUUUCCCUUGAGCCAAGGAGUGCUGCUCUCCCUCUUGCAGCAAUUGGCCUGCGACAUUAACAAUGACACACCGCGAAAACUCACAUGGAUGGUAGACGUGGCCACCGCUAUAAACCCGGGCGACCAAAUGAUUGCAAUGCAUGUCCGGCCUAUCUUCCAGGAAGUCUAUACGCGAGUGCACGAGAUAAGUAGCUCACCUCUGCUUACAGGUGCUGAACAUGCGAGUAUCCGUGCUCUCUUUUAUGUCAUCAACUAUGUUCUAAUGACUUGUAAAUGAUUGAACAAUGAGGAUUUUGGUCAUAAGUUUUUGCAAGUCUCUGGUUGUUGUCAUGUAGGGAACCUCUGCUUUGUGGUACAGUAAAAUCUGGUCCUUAUUUUGUAAUCGUUAGAGAAUUUGGACUAUACCAAUUAAGGAUAUUUCAAAUUUUUAUCUUAUAUUCAACAGCUUCUGCUGACAUCUCU